GGACUUACUUGUUAGAACCUGAAUGUAUCUGCUCCGGAAUAGUCACCAAUUAAUUAUUUAUUUAUUUUAAAUUGGUCUGUGCACCUCUGUUGCGGUAGGCAUCUUGAGUGACCUAGUGUAGACGGUGCACAGUGCUGUAGCAUAUGAGCGACAGGGAGGACACACCACCAGACGACCGGAUCUUGCGAUCAGCUAGACGCCCGAUAGCCCACGUGUCCUUAGGACUGGAGGGUGAUAGGAUUCUGUUCCGCCAGCUUAGGGAGAGGCAACAGCAGCAGAGGAUAGCUAGAGCAGCCGAGGCCAGCAGGGCUUUCGCUAGCGAGGCCGCUGCUACAGCAGCCAUGGCCACUUCCGCUAUGGUCACUUGUGCGCAGCGGACUUCCCAGGCGAGCAGUUCAGGUAUCGUCCGUUCAACGGUCACGCAGAUCGUGAGUCAGUCCACUGGCGUUAUGGCAAGCCAGGCAGUAGUGUUGAGCCCAGAGGAUGUCGCCAUCCAGCAGGAAGCCCUGCAGGAGGCACAGUUACAGCAGGCAUUACGACAGAUAAAAGCGGAGAAGGAAAACAUGAUUAGAAGAAGAGCCAGGAUUGUUCACCCAAACUCCGUGCAGGUUGCAGUCACCACGCAGCCUGUGCAGCCGCAGGGCACACAACCUCAGCAGCUAGCACAACAGCCUGUAUCACCGGGUCCACAACCCGGAGUGGUGCAGGGACCGGGACAACCACAGUGGGUUCCAAAGACGGCCAUCGCCGCUCUGAAACCCUUCACAGGGGACAAGAGAGGCGAAGACCUCGACACGUGGUUGAGGGCAGUGUCGGUCUACUUCAGGUGUAAACUUACCUUGCCGCACGAAGAAGUGAUUGUGGCUGCUUCCUACCUAGAGGGUAGUGCAGCAAGAUGGUUGAGUGUUUUAGUGCAGCUCCAGGGGUAUGGUCAUGACUUCCACGCUUGGGCGGUCACCCAGAAAUUGGAGGACUUCCUGAAGAUGGUGGAGGACAGGUGGCACGAUCCUCAUGAGGCCCAAAGGGCCACUGAUGCGAUCCUGACACUGCACACGCGGCAGUUCAAGUCAGUAAGGGAAGCCACCGACGCUGUUGAGCGUCUGAUCUGCGUCCCAAGGGUGCGCUAUGACCCCCAGGUCUUACUUACCUCGUACCUGAGAUGCUUCUCUUUGCCUCUCAGGAACCAGUUGGCAAGGGAGGCCAACAUCAAUAUGCACAACUUCCCUUCGUUCAGCAAGAUGGCCCUAGACCUCGAGGCUAAGAUAGGGCAUGGACAGACACUCACUACGGAUGGGAGGAAGAAGACACUGCCUCCUAACUGGAAGGCGAAGGGUCGCUUAAUGUUUGUCGAUAAUGAUGGUUCCACUAUCGAAGUAGACGAACACUUCCAGGAGGGAGUAGGUACAAAGGCGGGCAGCGUAGAAACUUCAGAGGGUGGAGUGGUCGCUGUCGUAGCUCAAAAAGGAAAGGCAACUGGUAGACGCUGUGGAGGUUUCCGGUCUAGGAGUCAAGUUGACCCCAAUGCUCCUCCAUGGGAGAAAGCGGGUCUUACACGUGUGGAGAGACCAAUACUCACGACAGGUUUGAAGCUCGAUGACGCGAAGGUGGCAAACAUUCGUGAUUGGCCAUGUCCUCAGUCUGUGACUGAGAUGAGAUCUUUCUUUGGAAUGACAGGCUACUAUAGGACUUUCAUUAAGAACUACAGCAUAGUGGCUGCUCCUCUUACUGAUUUGACCCGCCUUGACACCCCAUGGGAGUGGACAGACGAGUGCGAGGCAACUUUCAGACAUCUGAAGCAUGUGUUGACGCACUACGAGGUCUUGAAACUUCCUGAUCCUGACAAGCCGUUUAUAGUCACCAUGGAUGCCAACCAAUAUGGCAUUGGCGCCGUGCUCGCGCAGCAGGAGGGGCCAAAGUUGAGGCCUGUAAAGUACAUGUCCAAGAAAAUGUCGUCUCAAAAGUUGGCAAGUCUACCUAUGAGAAGGAACUCUAUGCGGACUGAUCAUCAGACCCUGAGAUGGAUGAGAACCCAGCCUGUGCUUUCUGACGCACUCAAGCGUUGGAUCGAAGUCAUUGAGCAGUAUGACUUUGACCCUCAGUAUAUGAAAGGGGAGUACAACAAGGUUGCGGAUGCCUUGUCACGUAGACCUGAUUUCUCAGGUGCGCUGAUUACUGAGUUCGAUUUGACGGACCAUGUUACUCAGUCCUUGGUGGAAGCCUAUCGCGAGGACCAGUUCAUGUCUGAGAUCAUACGCAGACUUAAGGCAAAGGACAAGAAGACCUCUGCCGAGUUUGAGUUGGUCAAUGGCUUGCUGUUCCUUGAGAAGGCAGGGAAUAAACGAUUGUGUGUUCCCAAUAGCGAGUCUUUGCGUAGUUUGUUUUUAGGUGAGUGUCAUGAUGCCACCGGCCAUUUUGGGUAUAAAAAGACCGCAACCAACUUGCUGCAGUGGUUAUGGCGGCCCACGAUGAUGCGAGAUGCCCAGCUGUACGUUGAGACUUGUCAAAUUUGUCAACGGGACAAGCCACGUACUCAGGCUCUUCUUGGGCUUCUGAAGCCCCUUCGGAUUCCGGAACGGCCUGGUGAGAGUCUGUCCAUGGAUUUCAUGGAUACUCUGAUCACUAGCAAGAGUGGGAUGCGUCACAUCUUUGUCAUUGUGGAUAAAUUUAGUAAGUAUGCUAGGUUAAUAGCAAUGCCGGAAACAGCAAAGACGGAGUACGUGAUUAGAAUGUUUAAAGAGAACUGGGUCAGGGAUUUUGGCCUACCGAAAUCCAUAAUCAGUGACAGGGAUGUCCAAUUUACCAGCGAACUGUGGAAGGCCGCUGCUGCAGAACAGGGAACUCAGUUGCAAAUGACUUCUGGGAAUCACCCAGAGGCCAACGGCCAGGCUGAGCAACUGACCCGCGCUGUACAACACCUGUUGAGGCAUUACAUCAAGCCCAACCAGGUGGACUGGGAUGAGAAGUUUGCACUCAUCGCCAGUCUGUAUAACAAUGCGGUACACAGCGCCACCGGGGUGAGCCCGAACAGUUUGCUACUGACUUUCAAGCCUAGACUACCCUUGGAUUUUCUCCUUAAUGAGAAUCAGUCGACAGCUGCACCAGGUACCUUAGAAUUUGCUUACCGCUAUGAACAGAAGAUGCAGCAGGCUGAAGAACAGAUGCAGAAGGCGCAGGCUGCAAUGAUAGAGUCUGAAAAUAGACACCGCCGACCUUCUACAUUUCAAGUUGGGGAUAGGGUCUGGGUUAAGUCUUCAGAACUGGGACAGGAGUACGGGAUCUCCCGCAAACUCAUGCCCCAAUACUUUGGACGUUGGGAAGUCUUGGACAUCGUCGGGAUAGAUCCGGAUGGGCCAUCUUAUGUUAUCCGGAUCCUUGGUCAUCUCCGUACUUACCCUAUCUUUCACGCCUCCAAACUGGCACCUUUCAAAGAGACUGAUCAAUUCCCAUCUCGUCGCUCAAUGCUGCCCCCAACCAUGGACGGAGAGGUGGACAUUGAUGACGUCGUGGAUCACAGAGAGUUGCCGGUAUCAAGACCAGCAGGCAGGGGACAUCCUCCGAAACCGAAGCUGCAGUACCGUGUUUGGUUCCGGCAUCACACUGAUCCGAAGGAGGACCGCUGGUUCACCAGGGAAGAACUCAUGCAGACCGCUCCUCAAGUUGCAACUCAAUACGAAAGAUCUCUGCAGAAGGGAAAUCGCCCGAUGGUUGAAGACUGAGCUUCUCAGAGGACUGUUGAAGCUAAGGAGGAGGGAAUGCGAGGCCACUGCCUCUAUGAGCCCCAUACGGCCCCAUUUUUGCA